UACCUUUGCUCUGGUGUAAAACAGCAUACUUAUGUUCUCAGGUUGUCAGAGCGCAUCAGGUUGUCAGAGCCACAGUUCUGGAAGCACUCUCUUGUGCUGUGAUUUGCUGAGAGCUCCGUGCUUCACCUUUCCUGCUCUCCCUCUGCGUACAAAUACUGAGAGCAGGUCUGAGCCGCUGCUGCUGAGAGCAAGGCCGCUGAGGGUGAACCCAAGCAGUUAUCACAGUAAGAAGAAAAACGCUCAAAUCACAACUGGUGCAGGCGUCUAACAAAGAGUAUCUCCCUUGAAGAAACCGAGAAAAAGAAAACAGAGUAAAAAAAGAACAGUCACAGAGGAGCUUCUGCAGGAGAAACGUCUUGGAACAGUAUGGAAGACAUAAGGCAGAAACAGCAGAGGCCCUCAGUUCUGCGCCAGGUACCCCAAACAGCUUCCAGUCAACCCCACGAAAAUAAUGCAGCCAUCUUCAUUUGCAAGGAAGAGGUGGAUGCAAGCUCUCUGCCCCCGUCUUCUUCACCACACAUGGGCUCAUCCUCUCCCAGGCUGAAUCAUCACUUCCUUCCAGUGAGGAGAGAUGUUCAAGGGCAGAGCUCCUCGGAGGCCAGGCUUCAUGAUGGCAUCUCAGACAGGACCACCGCUCUGUCUGUGGGGGGGCUCUGCCGCUGGCCUGGCUGUGAUGUGCUGUCUGAGGAUUUCCCCUCUUUCUUAAAGCACCUCCACUCUGAACACAGCCAUGGGGACAGGAGCAUCGCUCAGUGGAAGCUCCAGCAACACAAUGUCCAGUGCAUGGAGAGCCAGCUCAUCCUGGAAAAACAGAAGCUUAUUGCAAUGCAACUUCAUCUACACCUCUCUGAACACAAACACACUGAUCUGGCAGCUUCUCAGUGGCCAUACAGCCUUCCUCUGUUCCUGCCCCAGCCCCUGGGCACAGAGGGAGAAAGAGUGCAACAGUGGGGCAUCAAACAGGGGGGGGCCCAGCACGGCCCCAGAGUUCCUGCCUCUGCCCACCUGCUGCCAGAUUUGGUUCCAAGUAUUGAAUGCUACAAAUACAACAACAUCAGGCCUCCGUACACGUACGCCUACUUGAUAAGAUGGUCUAUCCUGGAGUCUCCUGACAAACAGUGCACGUUGAAUGAGAUUUACAACUGGUUCACCACCAUGUUCUUCUACUUCAGACACAACACUGCUACCUGGAAGAAUGCAGUGCGGCACAACCUCAGCCUACACAAGUGUUUUGUGCGUGUUGAGGGAGGAAAGGGAGCCGUGUGGACAGUGGAUGAGACAGAGUACCAGAGGAGGAAAGGACAAAAGUAUCACAGGGACUGUGCAGUGAAGUGGAUCACGCCAUACUCCCAUUACUGUGUGGAGGAGCCCUGAUAAGCAGCAGGUAGCAGCACUGAGAGCCGCUAGGGUCCCGCAACUGGAGUUACAGUCACAUGCAAGAGAACUGCUUGAGACACAGAAGAGUCUGUUGCAUCUUAUCACUUUGCUUUAUUUUCUAAUGAAUUAUUGAAAUACAUGUUUUAUGUGUAGGUUUAAGAUGUGUUGUACAAAGUUCUGAACUCUCUGAUUUCUAAUUGUCAACAGUGUUGCAAAACCAAUGAAGCAGACAUUGUGUUGUUUUUCUUCGGCAUGAUUUUACCCACUCAGUCAGUAGGUCAGAGCUCAAAUGUCUCUUUCCCUGGUUCAAAUAAUUUCCCAUAGAGAGAGAACACCCCCCUAUUCCGUUGUCCUGUGAACUUGAGGCCCUUGCGCUGUGUUUCUGUGAUUUCACAAGGCACAGCAAACCUCUUUCCCCGUCUGUUUAUGUUCCUGCAGAAAGCAAUGUAAAAAUGAAUUAUUCUUUAGUUUAAAAAUGCAUUCAAAACUAUAUAAAAAGUGUUGUAAAAAACAAAUGUCUCAUAGUAAAUAUUCACUAAAUCAGGGAUACAAACUCAUCAGGUAUGAAAAAGGUGACAAUGAUCCGAACAUCCCAUACUUUUACUCCACUAAAUUAAUUUAAUCCCUUUAGUUACUUUACAGAUCUGGAUUAAUGAUGGUAAAUAUAAUCAGCCCUUAAAUCAGACUUUAGUUCACCUGCAGUAAAUCCAGCAGCUACCCUGCAGUAUACAAAGCCAUUCAAACUAGCUGCACCUUUACCAGCUCUGAGAACACUUUAAUGAUCAAUAAUUAUAAAACAUAUCAGAGAUAUUAUUCUGAAAUGGACCAAUCAAACAAUGACUACUUUUACUUAAGUACAAGAUCUGAGUUAUUCUACCACCUCUGUUUAAAUCCUUAAAAUAGGAUUUAAUACAUAUCAAUAUUGACAUGUGAUAGUGUGUAACAUUAUGCCAAAUGAAAAAAAAAUCAAUUAGAAAAAGGAAGGCUAAAGCUAACAUUAGGAGUUAAUGACAAAGUAUGCUAGUUAGCUAGCUAGCUUAAGGAUAUUAAAUUAUUUGCGGAAAAGAAACUUGGAAAAAUUCACUGCACAUCACACUCUGCCGCUCUGGGAGUCUCGGGAGUUCAGCUCUGAAUGCCUGGACGGCCCGUUCUAACUGUGCUCCGGGUUCAUCACCGGUCCAUUUCUCUGAAAGAUUGACUCCGGGGGGCACAGUGACUAUUAACGAACGCACCUGUAUUACAUAGCUGCCUGAAGUUAGACCGUCACCCCGGAGCAGCAGAUUUCAGCCGAGAGGAAGACUUGCGCACACAGUUUGCGCACCAUUAAACAAAUAACACCCUGUGCGUCAUGAUGGCAGAUUACUACGACGGAGUAUUAGGGCCACAUAUGAAGAAA